AUGCGCGCCUCAAUCGUCGCCCGUCGCACUCCGCUCAUCAAGUUCCUCGGCAAGCGUGUAUUUCCAGCCGCCGACCACUCCCCCCGCGUGCACUCGCAGGACCCCCACGGCUCGCUGCCCUCCUCGUUCGUGCAGUACCGUCUGAACGCACAGCAGCACGGCCCGCUCUCUGCCUCCUCCUCCGCCGGCUCCCGUCGGAUCACGGGCUCUAUCGCGCCUGCGCCCGGCGAGUUCUUUAGCCGGAACGAUCUGCCGCCGCGGUACAGAUACGCGCCGCUGGAUGAGCUUGAGAUGGAGGCCGUUAACUCGGGUGGUGCUUUCUAA